ACAAUUUUUGUGUGUAACAUUAAUUUGACAAAAGUGGAUUUGCAAUUAACUGAAUAAAAAGAAUUGUUCUAUACUUCCAAUGUGUAGAUACGUGGUUAACUAAAAUUGGAAAUGACAAAUUUUCUUAAACAAGAGUCUUAGGAUUGUAAUGAAUUGGCAACAGAUACUUAAACCUAAAAAUCUUUAUUUCUGGGUCACGGUUUUAAUAAGCAACAUGUCUGCCUUUACUAGCGGAACGCAUCUAGUUUGGUUAGUACCCGUUAUGCCAAUAUUAAAGGCAGAAAAGACACCUCAAGAAAAUCCAUUCAAAAAAGCCAUAACACCCAACCAAGAGGCAUGGAUUUGGGCAAGUUUCUCCUUAGGUGCCAUUAUAGGUCCCCCAUUGGCUGCAUUUACCGUUGACAAAAUCGGAAGAAAAAAUACUCUAAUGCGUUGUGUUGCUGUUCCAUACUUUGUGUCUUUUCUUAUUUUGGGAUUUUCUGAACUCGUUUUUCUUUACUACAUCGGUAGACUGUUGGGUGGCUUUGCACUGGGCAACUUCUUCGUGACCCUUCCAAUGUAUCUCGGCGAAAUUUCACAGUUAUCCCUUCGAGGGAAGGUUUUGUCAUUGAUUAAUUUAUUCCAAUGUUUGGGGGUGCUGUUUUCUCUAUUUGUGGGCCCACGUUUAUCAAUUACUUCCUACGCCUUCUUGUGUUCCCUUAUACCUGCUGCUUUCUUUAUCAUCUUCAGUGGUUUUUUCGACACCCCGUACUUCUAUCUCUCCCGUGGGAACAUUUCGGAAGCAGAAAAGGUGUUAAUGAAACUACGAAAUGCUACACAAGAAGAAGUCAAAGACGAACUGGAGAUGCUGCAGGUUGCAAUCGAAAAUGAAAGGGAAGAAAACAUAUCAUUCAAACAACUGUGUAUAAGGUUAAUGAUGACAAGGGAACUGUUUAUGACAAUGGGCUUAAUGGCGUUCCAACAGUGCACCGGUUCGGAGCUAGAAGGGAGUGUAGUGACUGAAAUAUCAGCAGAAUUAACGGGUUGUAUUUACGGUGCGAUCCAAGUAUUGGCUUCUAUUGUAGCACCCUUCAUCAUAGACCGCACUGGUCGAAAAUUGCUUCUUUUUAUAUCAGGAAUGGGGAUGAUGAUUUCCAAUUUUGGUGAAGGGGUAUAUUUUUUUAGUAGAAAACACAAUAUCAAAAGUGUAGAUCAAAAAUCGUGGCUAGGAAUACUGUCAUUAAUUCUUUUCCAAGUUGCGUUUAACAUAGGAUUCGGUCCUGUGCCGUGGGUUAUCGUGGGGGAGAUUUUUCAACCUACAAUUAAAAAAAUCGCUAUAAUGGUAACAGUGACAUUUUGUUGGUCCGUUAAUUUAUUGGUUUCAUACUUUUUUCCAAUAAUUACGCAUAUUUUGGGAAAUUACUACGUUUCAUGGAUUUUUGCUUUGAUUUGUGUGCUAGCUGUGUUCUUUACCCAAUUAUUCGUGAUUGAAACCAAAGAUAUGAAUUUAGGCCAAAAAGUGGGGUCUAACAAGUAA